GUAGUUUUAGCAGAACGCUUGCGCAGCCGGUAACAGAUGCUCAUUUGUCGUUCAGAACUACAUUGCCCGGAAUGUAUUUCCCUUGAAUCUGGAGACUGUUUCUCUCUCGGGUUACUCUCGGCGUUUUGUGCGCAGAAGGCAACUUUUUCUCUGGCUUAUGGACUGUGAUAAUGAACAUGGCAGGAACGAGCGCCGGGGCUGCCGGACAUGGGCAGUGGGCUGGAGCAGGGUCCGCAUCUUUAACCUGCAAUCCUCGCAAAUUUAGCGAGAAAAUCGCCCUACAUACUCAGCGGCAAGCUGAAGACGACGCCGCUUUUGAGGAGGUUAUGAUGGACAUCACUUCCACUAGGAUUCAGGCUCAGAGACUUCAACAAACCCAAAAUCUGGCUUCCUACUAUGGGGGAUCCCUGCCAAAUGUCAAUCAGAUAACAAAAUGUUCUGCAGAGACUCAGCAGGAGUAUCUGAGAGCAGAGCAUGGACCGAGAGAUCACAGACCCAUCCCCCCUGGAAGGCCAAGCAGGAGACAUGCUGACAGCGCUCCCUAUCUGUCCCUCCACUUGUCUCCUCCAUCAGGCCCCAGCUGGAGGAGACAUUGGUCCAAUAGAUCUGUUCAUGGAAAAAGUCAGGUAGACCAGCUACCAAUGACAACCCUGAGUAGGACUAAUUCCGACUCAGCUCUCCACACCAGUGUGAGGGUUACCUACUUCAGAGACUCAAAUCCUGCUCAGGUCCAGACAGCUUGUUCCAGACAAAGUGGGACCCCACUGUUUCGCCAUCCAGUGCCUCUGAUUGAAGAAACUGUUCAAGAGGAGGGGAAGCCUCCUAAAUCACAGAAGGAAACUUCCGUGUUAUCUGGAUGUGGCACUAUUGUAAGUUGUGUUUUCCCUUCUCCGGACCUAAGCUGCUCUCUUCCCAAUGUGCCUUCUCUCAGCACCAGUGGGUCUCUUCCAGACCUCUCCAGCCUGCAUCUGCCAUCUACAGUAACUGAGGUCAUUGACCCAGAGCCUCAGAGCCACACCUCUUUACUCAGCAGUCCUACAAGCAUGCACCACUUGCCUAGUACUGCUGCACAUUCUGCCAUCAUGACUGACCAUGAAUUUCCCCUGCCAAGUUUAUCAUCAUCUCCCCAGGCAUCCACUAGUAAUUCCUCGCGUCCAUCUUCACUAAGCAACCCCAACCUCCAAGCAACUCUCAGCAGUCACUCUCUGGUUGACUCUUUUAGCUCCACCUCCCUGUCGCUCAGCAACUCUUCCCUGCACUCAUCCGUCAGCAGCCAGUCCCUUCGGUCCUCUCUGAGUAGCUCCUCUCUGAGUAACCAGUCUGCACAGUCUGCAGACAGCCAUUGCAGCUACAGCAGUGGGAUUGGUGGCUCUUUCUCUUCUCUGUCUUGCUCACCACAUGCUUCUGGGCAGGGUGUGGUGCCACGUAACACUUCAUCAUGGAAGAGAACCCAACUGAACCCACUUAUAGUUCCCAGUGGGGGAGAAUCACUUUGGCAACAACCAAAGCAGCUCUCGCCCAACGUGUCCUCAACAUUCUCCUCUAUAGCCCAGGGGGUACCCCUUGAUACCACCAAAGUGCAACGAGAAGCCAAGCCAUCCAUCUAUCACUAUAGUCAUCUUCCAUCAACAGGCCAUCCAAUGGCUUAUCAAUCUUUGCAGCACCAUCAGCCAGAAGGAUGGGAUCAGUCCAGACAAGAUACAAGAAAACAGUGCCAACAGCAAGUCUUACAGCCAUCAAGCUCUCAACUUAAAUCACAGCCACAAUAUUCUCAGCACUCAGCACAUGGUAAAGCACAUUUGAAUCCACAUCCUUGCAUAUCCCAACAACAGUUCACUGAACAAAUACAAGACUUACAUCAUCAAUACCAGCAGGUUCAACAACAGUCACUGCACCAACAAUAUCAACCAUCACAGCAAUACUUACAGCAACAGCCACAGCAUUGUCAAUCGCAGCACAACACACAGCCACUGCAACAUCAACAACAAUACCAGGACCGUAACCAAGGUUGGAAUCCGCAACUGCAGCUCUCACACCAUAACCAAUAUCAGCAGCAGUGUCAAUACCAAAGCCAGCCUGAAGGUCCACCAGGAACCUUCCAGAAACAGCAGCCAUGUCCCCCACCCACUGUGAUGGCUUCUCGGGAUGAAGAUGCAGGAUGCUGGCAGAAACGUGUAAACCAGCAUAACCAGCACAUACCAAACAUAGGAAUACAAGGACCUCUUAGUGCUUGCAUGCAUAUAAAAGAACUGCCAAAAGUACAGUCCAAGAUGCCCGUCCAUGACCUGCGAAGAGAGAGAACAACACAGUACCCUAAAGGGAUCCAUUCUCACAGAGACCACCUUCAGCUCAGUGAAACAGCUUCAGCACCGUCUCUAAAUAAGGAAUUUGGGCUUCACAAUAAAUCCUAUGUUGGCCUUCACCUGACACCCAGCCAAACAGAGGCUUUGUCACAGAAGCUUGGGCAUCUCCACAAAGAGCCUGCAGAAGCUCCUAGAAUUUCUGACUCCAAGUGCCAGGAUGUUGAGGAUAAGGAUGUGCCUGCUGUCGAGAAUCUCUGGCACCCAGAAACCCAAAGUCAAAACAAGGAAGGGCUGCAUAAUUUUUCCAGCACCAGCACUGAAGUGCCAUCUUCCUGGCUGGAUGAUGAUGAACUACCUGACCUGCCAGACUCAAUCCCAGAGUUUGACCUGGAGCACUUUGCCCUGGAAGACUGAUUGUCCUAAAGGCAAAACCUGCAGUGGAGGAUUUAAGCUGUGUGCAGAAAUAACAGGGUUAAGAUGCACAUUUAUGGUCAGACAGUAGAGAAAAAAAGAGGACAGUAAAAUGGAGAAGACCAAAAAUUGAUGCUGAUCUUUUUUUAUCAGUGGAAAUGAAACUUGGUCCCCAAUGUAAAGUUAUUAAAGAAUAUGUAUGUAUAGAUAUAGUAUGAAGCAGGCCCAGGUGGUCUUUUCAAAUGGCUUUGGUUGUGAAGAAAGCAAUAUGUAUAACAUAAAGGAACCUUUAGUGAUGUCUGUAUUUUUACAUGUAACUUAUUUUUUUAUUGGAACAAAUUUCAAAGUUAGAUAUACACAUAUGCUUAAAAUUUUACUUGAAAUUCCAAAAUGAAAACCAGAUAUUCAAACCAGCACUCAAAUCUUCCCAAUCAAGUGAACAUUCAGGGUCAUUUUGAUGCCAGUGUAGUGCCGUUCAGUUUUAGUAGCAGCUGAUAGGAACUGUAUAAAGGGGAGUCAUAAGCAAGUAGAGCCGUGGAGCAAAGUGUGAACUAGAUUGAAAGAUAAACAUAAACCUGCAACGAAGUAAUAGCUAUGUUGAAGUGUGGAGAAAGAAGAUAAUUUCAACCAAUCAUCUUUCUGAUCUGAUGUGCAAAUAAUGAUGGUAUCUACAGAAUGACUUCAGAGACAUGCAUGAACAUCUCGCUUGCUUUGUGCAGUGUUCCUCCAAGCACACUGUCUGCGAGAGUUCAUCAGAGAGUUCAUUAGGCUGGAAAAAGGGAUGUCUUGCACAGAUUAAAUCAGUCUGUGGGUUUGAAACGAAAUGGCUGCUGCAAAUGCCUAACACCUUAAAGGGAGUACACUGUGCUGUUAUAAAACAAUAACUAAAAAAUGUCUUUUAUUGUCUGGUGUCAUUACCAUAAAAUCAUCAAAAUAAGUGUAGCAAAUGUGAAAAUAUCUUUUUUUUUUUUUUAGCAAAGUAUGGCAGUCCACUAUUAUCAAAUGUAGUUACUUAUAAAUGCUGUUGUGUAAAUAAUACAUUUAAAGCAUGUGCUUUUGUGAGGCUUAGAACCUGUAUGUGAACUGUGAGGAGUUGCUGUGUAUGAACACAGUUGUGUGAUGAAACUUGGAUUGUAUGUGCAACAAAAGUUUAAAUGAUCUUUACUACAAACAGAGGCCUUUAAAUAGAUUGUAGUCGUGUAGUUACUGAGUAAACGUUCUUUACAUAUAACUUACUUGUGUGGAUCAUUUAAUGUCAUAUUAAAUUCACUUUCUUUCUCAUCUUUAA